CUGAAAUAUAAGGAACAUGAUAUAGUAUUGUGCUAUAAUGGCAUCAGCUUCAAGCACUAGUGCUCGCAGUUUAUUUGUGGAGUCAAAAAAUCGUCUAGCAGACAGGAUACAAGUGAACAUCAACAACAUUUCAUCCUUGGCCAGACAGAUCCAAAGGGGCUCUAAAAGUAACGAGAUUUUAAUGAAUUCUGCCAGAACAUUUGCUCAACAAGAACAAGGUUUUGAGAACGCCGAAGUUAAUUUAAAAAAAUUAGCAUUAAUCUCAACUCACUUGGAAUUUCAAUUGAAUGCCAUCGAAGAAUGUUCAGCCAAGUUGGAGGAAGUAACCGAACAAGUGCGAGCAAUGCAAAGAUGAUCACCUGCGAGUCUUGUGAUUGUUGUGCAUCAUUUAAAUUGUGUUUCUCUUGAGAGAGAUGAUGAACAAGUAGCUACACACACAAUGAACAAUAUGUUGUUGCUCUGUACUACAUUCAUUUGAAUGAAAUAAGUUUAAGUGAUCAUAUUGUAAACAUAUCUGAUAUAUUUAA